CAAUCGUUGAGGUCACUGGUCAUUGGCACGUUAUGAAAGUGCUCACGGACCUCCCUCGGCAAUCCAACUCUCGAAGAUGUAGUCCAGCUUGCGGUGCGGCGAGUGAUCCUACACCGCAGCAGAUGCUGAGACACCUUAUCGCUAUCGAGGUCCCACCGCCGCAGAUCGGUCGCAGCUCAACGUUGGCAGCUCCCACCUCCCGGGGUUCUCCUGGGGGGAAGUGUAUGGCUGUACAUAUGUCUGUGCGGGGAUGAACUCGGUCGACGUCGUAGCACGACACUGAUCCCGUCGUGUGCGCAAGCAUGGUAUGCGCGAUCCUCGCUCGAGACUUUGGGGUUGGGAAAACUGGAGCUUCUAUGAGCGAGCACUGCAUACGUCUACAGCCUGCAAUGAUCACUCUUGCAUGUUCCACCUGCCAGUGCUCCAGAUGCGGUAUCUCCGAUAUCUGUGAGGUGAUGGCGCCAAUGGUCUGAGCAAAGAUCGUCUGGUAAACCUUCCCGGGAUUCGUGAUUGAGCAUCGCGGCGACAGCAGUAUCUAGGCCUUUUGC